AAUCCCUGGCUUCAAAACGACGUCGUUUCCAAAACCUCGGCAUAUUCGUAACUUUUCUCUUAUGGCCAUUGCACUCCCGCUCUCUCUGAGACGCUAAAUGGAACAAUAGAAUUCACUCACAGUCACAAAACCUAGGUCAAAAGAAUUGUAGAAUGAGGUUCAAUUUUGAUUUCUCAGAAGCUAACACAGGCUCGCGGCGCUCGCUCACUCCUAAAGAGGAACUCGACUGGGCGCCACUUGAGAACCAUCCUAUAUUCUCCGCCGCCGACGGAGACUUAUCAACCGGAAAGGAGUCAUCUAGAGCUCCGAGAAAUAUUGUGGCAUGGGAUGGAGCUUCUCGGUUAUAUUACUGGAACUCUAAAAAAUGUUGCCUCCAUCGGAUCUCCAUCCGGUUGGGCGAACCCCAGCCGACUUCUGUCCUCGCAGCUUCUCCUUCUAAGGUAUUGCAACCUGAUGUGAAGCUUAAUUUUGAAGUUAAUAGAAUUUCAAUUAAUAGAAAUGGCUCGGCUUUACUACUCGCUGGUUCGGAUGGUUUGUGUGUCAUGUACUUGUACGGACGUUCUUGUACUUCAGAUAGUAACACACUUGUUUGCAGGACUGUUUCGGUUGGUGCUCAAAUCUAUUUUAGUUGUGGCAGCAAUGCUAUACGUAUACUACAAGUUUCUUGGCAUCCGUAUAGUAACACUCAUUUGGGGAUUCUUUCCUCUGAUUCAGUUUUCAGACUUUUUAAUUUGUCUUCAGAUCUCAUGCAACCAGAGCAAGAAUAUUAUCUACACCCUGUUGAACCAGGUCGAUCUAGGAAUGCUGCAUCAAUUUGCCCUGUUGAUUUUUCUUUUGGUGGAGACCACUUGUGGGAUAGAUUUACUGUUUUUGUAUUAUUCAGUGAUGGUUCAAUAUACAUUCUCUGUCCAAUAGUUCCAUUUGGAAGUGUCUACAAAUGGGAAUCCAUAUUGGAGAUAUAUAGUGAUGCUCAUACUUUUGGUCUAAGAUCAAGUAAUUCAUCAGCUGUUAGCAAUUCUAGUCUGGCAAUCUCUUGGUUAGAAGCAACAUUUCCUGAGUUGGCUGAAGACACAGUGGAUGAAGGAAAUCUGCCUACACUAAAAGCUCGUCCUCAUGCUUUAUUUAAUUCAUCACUUUCUUUGCAGGGGCCUCUGCAGAAAUUAUUCCAUGGUGGGGAAGAUGAAGUGCUAGCAGUACGGGGGACAGAAUGUGAAGGUCGUGCAGUCAGUUUUCUGUACAAUUUAGUCAGCAAAGACUCAAUUCUAGUGACUGCCUGGAGUGGUGGGCAAUUGCAAAUAGAUGCCCUAGCAGAUGAAAUCCAGCCAGUCUGGAUUGUUGGUAGUGCACCUCGUGUUUGUGUUGAUUCUGAUGACCAUAUACUUGGUCUUGCUAUGAUUUGUGAACCCAUGUCAACUCAGCUUCCAAUUGUGAAGCUCGAUCAACCGCUUGAUCAUACUGUUUGGAUGGGUUAUCCACCUCCCUUAUUGAGAUUGGCUACUGUGGAUUUGGCCUUGCCUAGGAAUACAGAGAGUGGUUCUCUUAUUACUAUGUUUGUUGAUCCCCUUAUGCAAGAAAGAAUAUAUGCACUUCAUGAUGGUGGAAUAGAUUCAAUAGUGUUGCAUUAUGUCCCAUUUACAAGUCAAAACCGUGGUAAGGAUGAGGCAAUCAGAGCUCCUUCUGUGCAUCCUGUCCUGAGUACAUGCCUAGGAGAAACCUCAUCUCCAUCUCCUCUAUGUGGAUUGGUGUCAUUGUCAGAUUCAUUUGGGUACUCAUGGAUUGUGGGAGUCACAUCCAGUCAUGAAUGUAUUGUGCUCGAGAUGAAAAGUUGGAACUUAUUGCUUCCCUUUCAAAUUGAAUUGGAGAAGAAACCAAGUAACUUAGGGGAAAGGAAAGAGGUAGAUACUCCGGAUAUCAUAAGUAAAGAACUCCUAGUUGGUCCUAAGGUGGUUCUUCAUCCCCAGGCCCUACCAAAUCUUCGUUCUGUUGCUGCUGAUUCUAUUGAAGGUCGAUCGACUCUUCAUCAGUACUUUAAGCUUUUCCAUGAAAAUUAUGUUGAAUAUGCACAUAAGGUAUACUUCGAGCUCAAGCAUCAUGCACCACAAUUGACACGAAUCAUCGAAGAUCAGCAUGCUCGUUUAUGUGAGGCACAAGAGAAGAUUUCUAAAGUUGAGGUGAAACAACCAAGUUUAGAAGAGAGGAUUGAUCGUGCAAUUGAGAUGCAUAAUAGUCUAGAGCAACGAUUACAAUGCUUGAGGAAUUUGCCUGGGGCACAUAAGAAACCAUUGUCUAGGGCUGAGAGAGAAUUUAAGUCUGAGCUUGACCGAUUUGCAGGAGUUGAGUUAGAUGCUUUGCAUUCUUCCAUUGAAGCAUUAAGAGGGAGGCUAAGAAGGUUAACACAAUCUCCAACAAAGGGCAGUGCAAACCAGAAAAGGCAAACAUUAGUAAAGAACAAUGUCCAAGAUGUCCAAAUGUCCCAGCUAAAAUCCGCAAUGGAAAAACUCACACUCAUCAACAGUGAGAACUCAAAGAAGGUUAAGCUUGUUGAAUCUGCAUUAAAAAGGCAAGAAAGCAGGUGAUGAUCACACCUACGCAUUUCAGUUCGGCAGUCAUUUAUUUAAGCACAUCAGUUUUUGGCCCUCAUUGGAUGUCGCAGUUCGUUAAAGUGUACAACAGAUAGGUAUCGAUUUCAAUCAAGCAAACCGGUUAAGAUAAAUACUAAGGUUAGACAAUUUCACUCCUUGUAAAAUAUUAGUGACUUGUCUGGUGAUUUAAUUUUCUAUCUUCAGGGGAAGACGAACUAGAGUUUGUCUGAUUGCUCCAAAUUCAUUGCACCAUAAAAAGGAAGAAGAAAUGAUUGUUGCAAGGUUUGAUGAUA